UCCGUCGAAUCUUCCUGCAACCAUCCACAAUCCGAUCCGAUCGUCAGUCAGAGUCGAGUGUGCGAGCAGCGAGCUGGUUUUGUCCGUGGUCGUGCGUGAUCGGUAGCAGGUUCCAACAAACCCCUUGACAGUUUGCCGGAUUAGCAAAUAAGUCCGGAGAAAAGAAGAAACACGGUGUUGUGUAAACAAAGAUCUGUCGGAAGAACCGACCGGAAGAUUGCUUGGUGCGUGCCCCAGUGAAACGAAGAAAUCUCCGAAAGAAUCUUUAGAUAAUAGCGGUUUUGGUUCCGCCAGCUAAGAAAUCACACACUCCCGGAGAACCGAUUCCCUCGAACGGAAGCCCCGUAGCCAGUGUGGAGGUCGGCAGCAGUAACCACCGGAAGAAAAUCACGUAGCAGGAAGGACCGUCCCGGGAGCCGGAACCAACCCAGCAUGAUUAGCUGCAAGUGCUUGAACGUCGUCGUCCGGACCGUUCCGGACGUGGCGUCGCCGUCCGCGGCACCGCUUCGCUUCAACCUGGACGAGUACCUGCAGCGUCGGAAGCGGCCCGCGGAAUCGGCCGGACCGACCGGACCGUCGACACCCAGCGACGACCAUUUUCUAUUUUUCAAAGAGGCCCUCGGUCCCGUGCGCUGCUCCAGCGUUCAGGUUCAGUUCGACGACCUGGUUCGAACGGUGCGCCUGUUCGACGAGUGGGACCUGCACCAGUGCCGCAACUGCCGGUGCUGCGUGUUUGCCCGGUUUGCCGGUACUCCCGCCUCCUCCGCCGAUAAACCCGCCUCCUGCCUGGUCAACGCGUCCCUGGUGACGAACGAGGACCAGCUGAACGCCCGCAUGGCCGACGGCAGCUACUCGCCGGCGUUCGGCAUCGUGCUGAACAGUUCCGAACUGAGCUACAGUGACCUCGCCGAAAAGAGCAGACUGCUGAGCAUGGCCAAAAGUGGCAACACGUUCGUGCAGCUGCUGCGGGCGUACAUGGAGCGCGAGACGGAAGCGGCCAACGCCCGGAUCCACCGGUUCACCGAGCAGGAGUUUGCCGUGCUUAAGGUGAAGCGCGAGCGGGCCGAGCAGGACUGCAUGAUUCUGGCCAAACGGGCCAACAACGUACCUGAGCUGAUGCUGCGCAGCAACAGCAUUUCCGAGAGACCGAUGCCGACGACGACGACGACUCCGACGUCGAAGCCCCUGGCCACCAAGGUGAGCCCGAUGACGGCCGUUGGCACGAACGCCAACGGAGCGACCCAUCUGAACGACUCCGGAGCCGGAGGACCAUCCCAGCUGGAGACCCCGCCGCCAACGCCCGAAUAUCUGCCAAUGUCCACCGGAAACAGUCCACCGAUGGUGACCAGCAACGGGGUGGCGCGAUCCCGCAUCACUCCACCCUCAUCUGCCGACCAGUCCAGCGGAACGACCCGCCCCGGCAGCAACCACAACAACAACAAUAUCGUUAGCUUUAGCAACAACACCCGAGGUGCCAUCGCCGCUGGUCGACAGCCACAGCAGCAGCCGCAACAUUCCAGUACAAAUUCGUUGAUGCAGAUGCAGCAGCAGCAGCAACGGCUGGCCACCAGCUCGUUCGAGUCGGACUGCAUGUUUGACAUCGACGGCAUGGAGAACGACAAAUCGCCCCUCACCCUGUCCGACGAGGAGGACCUCGGAUUAGAUGAGUCCACCGGCAACAACAACGAGGACGGGAUCUACAUUCCGGCGCGCCACUCGCUCGGCCGGCAGAGCAGCUCGAUCGCCAAGAGUCUGCCCAUCUCGAUGCCCCAGGUGAUGACGCAGUUCCGCGCGACCGAGGAGGACUACGACGAGAUGGCCGAGGACAACGUGGACAUCGCGGCCAGUAUUAAGGCACUCGCCCGGAGCGUCCACGGCGAUACCGUGUUUGGCGACCUGCCGCGUCCCCAGGUCCAGCGAUUCAGCACCCAGAUCUAAACCCGGCGGCAACCGGCCAUCCUCUUGAUCUGCUGAGUAGUUUGUGAUGUUCUUUUUUUUUGGGUCUUGCUGCUUGAAUGAAUUUCGAAAUCAAGCGUGUUUGGAAGCAAGCAGAAGCAACAGCAGUAGUUUCGCGUCGCAUCAUUCAAACUAUUACGAUUAGCGUUUAUUUCUUUGUUUAUUUUUGCUUAUUGUUUAGGUUUAUAACUCUUCCAGCCCUCACACUUUGAUUGCUAGCAACGCGAGCUAGCUUAAGAGCCAUUUCGUUUCGUUUAUAGUUUUUAGUUUUUGAAAGCACUUUUUUUAAGCAUGUGUCGAGCUGAUUAAGGGACGAUUUGCUUUCGCGGAGAAGGAUGCAGGCUGGCAGUUGUUUUAAUUUUUUGGCCACCCACUCGCAGAAAGAGAGUGAGAGAGUGAAUUGUGAACGAAGAACUUCCCGAUUGGAAGCUGAUUAUUUUUUCUUGUUAUUCGAAAUCGAUUUCGUUAUUCUGUAACACUCUAACUAAAAUCCCCAUAUCUUGUUUCUUCUUUUCAUUACGCAACACUACUAAUUAAUCUACUUAAAACAUUCUUAACAAGCUUUGAAAAGUGCGCGAAAACGAAAGGAAAGCGUCGAAGUUGAGCUUCGACAAGUUGGCUAGAUUAGCAGUGAUAGAAAAAGAGAAAAAAAAGAUAGUUCUUUGUGUAACAUUGUGGCUUUUUGGACAUAAUUCUCACUAGAGAUUAUAAGAUAGGCAGAGCGAAGCGUUUUUGUGUGUGUUUAGGAGAGAGAAGGUGUAGAUUUAACCAUCUAUUAAGGGCAAAGUUUGGUAAAGAAGUUCGCUAGAUUGACAUACAGCAGAUUGUGCAGAUCACGAUUUUAUUUGAUUGUUGCUGGUAAAAAAAUAAAUCUUUAAAAAAUUCUACUCAGAAUUAUUGUGAUUCGCCGUCGACGCCUGUAGAGAUUUAAUAUUCUGUUACUCUCUUCUUCCACAACAAAACAUUUUUUAACUUAAGUUCGUCGCGCUUCCCACGCAGAGAUAGAGCUUAGAGCGCGAUCUGCACAACAACCUAUAGAAAACCCUAAUCAUCGUUGUUCCCGCCAUUAUCUUAACUACCUCCCAGAUUUAAACGAAAAAGAAAAACUACUAAACUACAAACUCCUCCAUCCGAGUUGAACAAAAAAUAAAUAAAUCAUAAAAAAAAACAACAAUAUCCCAGAUCUUCGACAGUGCGCUCCGUUUGUGACCAAUUUGAAAAAAAAAAGAGAUGUCCUAAACGACUCUCGAGUGACUUGCGCAGUCAGCAUUAUACAAAACGAAUAAACAAAAAAAAAAUUAUAUUACAAAAAAAAGAAGGAUUCAAAGCAAAUCGAAAAAAACAAAAAAAUAAAAGUGAAGCAGCGAGAAACAAGUCGACACAUAGCUAUUAAACAAGGAAAAACACGUAUGAUUAUUAUUACUAUUAACAAAAAAAAAUAAUGUUACUAUAUAUCAUACAAACAACCACAAAAUACACACCAAACAAACUGAAGAAGCGAAACAAAAAAAACAGUUCGUAUGGAACUGCACUUUUUUGGACGAAGGCGGUGUGGUGAAGCUGUGAGUUUGAAGCGGCAAUCGUUUAUUCGAACUAUUAAUAAAAAAAAUGCAUUAAAAAGUAA